GCUUAACAUACUCUUUCACUUGACUUUGAGAUUUCUGAAGUGCAAUGGACAAGACGAAAUCAAGAUUGGCUGCCUUCUUCGAUGACGACGAAGAGUCUUCGUUCCCACAAAAGACUCUCGAUGACACGAAGUUGUCGCAGUACGCGCAAGGCACUGUUCGCAAGUCCCGUCGAGAAAAGGAGAAGGAAGCUGCGGAGGCCAAAAAACGAGAGGAGGAAGAGAGUGCUGCCAAGGCAUAUGCUGAUUUCAUUGACGCGUUUGAAGGGGAAAGUGCGGACAAGCGGAAGACUGGUUCAGGAUUUGUUCGCGCAUCCGAUGGCACGAAAGUGUCUUAUCAACCACCAGUCAAGGGUGUCGCGGAAUCCUCGUCGCGCAGCAGGCCAGUUCGAUCUAAUGAAGAUGAAUCUACCGCACCAGGUGGUGCACCGAAGCCGAAAGGCAAACGAGCCAUGGAUUCAUUUCUCGAAGAGAUCAAGAGAGAACAGGCAAUGCGAGAGGCUAGGUAUUCCCGUUCCUCCCAUGGGCGGUCAGUGACUGCAUUAGCAGCAUAUGAAGGGCAGAGUGGCAGCAAGGACCGCGGUGAUCCUGAGACUUCCAAUCUUUUUGUGGCCAAUUUACCCUCCAAUGUCACCGAGCAAUCUCUUGGCACCUUUUUUGCGCGUCACGGUCCUGUUGGCUCCGUAAAAAUUAUGUGGCCACGAGGAGAUAUUGUUGCUGGUCCGGGUGGUGACAUGACUGCUUCGCGCCGCAAUAGAAAUUCCGGAUUGAGUGGGUUCGUAUCCUUCAUGAAGCGUAAAGAUGCAGAAGCUGCUCUGAGGGAAGUUGACGGCCUUGAUUGGGGAGGUUCGAUUCUUCGUGUGGGAUGGAGCAAAGCUGUGCCUAUGGCUGCAAAAGCUCUCUACGUACCGAGCAGGACAUCAAGGUCGAGAUCAAGAUCGCGAGGACACGAACGUAGGGGCAGGAGUAAGUCACAUUCGCCAAGGCGUCACUCCCGAUCUCGCUCUACGGAUCGCUAUCGGUCCUCUAGACGUUCCCGCAGUCGUUCUUUGAGCGACAGUCGCUCACCUCGUCGGCGACGGCGCUCAUACAGUCGUUCACGCUAUGACAGCCGCAGUCCAUGCAGACGGUCACCCAGCCUUUCGAGGAGGCACGAGUCUGAAGAUGAGGCAUCUGCCGUCACCGACACGUUCAUUCGUGCUGUGGCUGCCGAGGUCAAAGGCCAUGGAUCUGAGUACGAGGAAAACCUUCGUGAAUGGGAAAGGAACAAUCCCAGGUACUCUUUCAUGACGCAGCGCAAGCACCGACGGCACGCAUUCUAUAAAGGUCUAGUUGAGCGAGACGAUUUUACGGGUGCAGAAUUUGACGACGAGGGUUAUAACUCAGCCUACUCUACUGAUUCUGCGGAAGAGUCGGAGCAAGAACGAACUCGCAAGACUGUUCUAGGCAAGCUAGCUCGCAAACGAUUCGAAGCAAUGCUUCGUGGUGUCACUGGCAAGAGAGGCGAGCUCGCUCGUUGUAUGACAUUCAGCUUGGAGCACGCGGAAGCUGCUCGUGAGGUAUCAGAUAUCAUCAUCUCUUCACUCUUGGUGGAUGGUACACCUGUGCCACGCAAGAUUGCUCGGUUGCAUCUUAUCUGUGACAUUUUACACAACUCGGCAGCCCCAGUACCAAGCGCAUGGAAGUUUCGGCAGGAAUUCCAGUCUCGCUUGGGUAUAGUGUUCGAUCAUUUCGCCGCCAUUUAUCAUUCUUUUCCUGGUCGGAUCACCGCGGAAACAUUCAAGAAGCAGAUCACAGCCGUAGUAGACAUUUGGGAAGACUGGAUAGUCUUUGCUCCAGACUUCACUGCAGAACUGCGUGCUAGGCUGGAUGGCACCACGCAGGCUGAUUUGAACAAGCCGAAGGCAGAAGACGAUGCUAGCGUUGCUGCAGCCGAGGCGCAAUCUUCGUAUGUUUCCAAGUUCAAAGCGAAAUCUUUCCAGCCUGCGCAGGAAAUAACCGAGACAACCCCUGAUGUCGCGGACGAUACUAAUGAUCUCGAUGGCGAACCGAUCGAAGACAUGGAUGUAGAUGGAGAGCCGUUGGAUGUGGAUGGUACACCUCUUGAUGACGACGUUGACGGCGUUCCUCUUGAUCACGGCGAGGACCCUGAUGUCGACGGCGAGCCGAUGGAAGACAUUGAUGGAUCGCCCAUUGAUGCAGAUGAUGUCGAUGACGUUGAUGGUAUCCCUCUUUGAGAG